UACCGAGCGUUUAAUCAGGGACAAUCGCCGGAUGAUAGACAAGUGGGUAGCGAGAAUGACCCAAAACGAAGCCGAGUGUCAUUUGCCGAUGUGACGACCGAAUAUGCGAGCAAUGAAGACAAAAACAGCCAGCCGAGUUUCCAUGAUCAAUUUUUAAAGUUUAUGGUCCCGGCGGGUUACCUAGUUCAUUCAGAGGGCGUUUGUGGUGAUGGUUGGGACCUCUUUCACCACGAAAACGACAAUAUAUGCUACAAAUACUACCCUGAUGGUUUGGGGGACUAUCACACAGUGGCCACAGCGUGUAAGGGUGACCUAAACUCGUCGCUACCUAUAAUUAAUUCUCAGGCAGAGCAGGACUUUUUCAAUAAAUUGAUAGUAAAAUAUAAAAUGAUUGAAAACGUAUGGCUCGACGCAAGCAUUAAAGGCAAACACAUUGUAUGGACGGACAAUAGUAACGCUGACUAUGAAAACUGGUUGGCCGGGCGGCCGGCCAACGAAAGCAACUGUGUGGAAAUGUUGCCUGACCAGGUGAGCAUGGGCAAGUGGGAAGAUAUAUCAUGCGCCAAGAAAAAUUCUUACAUAUGCAAGCGUUUUGUGGCAUGGUCGAGUGAACAAAUGGAGCGUGUGAUCAGAGAAAACAGUGUCCAAAUUACACUUUUACAGAACUGUCCAUUGCCCAUAGGUUUUAUAUACGUACAGUUGCCGGGUCAGGCCGAUCCGAAAACAUUGUGGCCAAAGUCCACCUGGUACGAUGUGACAUCCGCAUAUGCGGGUCAAUUUUUUCGCGCAGAAGGUGGUGAUAGCUUAGCAUUUGGCGCCGGAGUGCAGCCUGGUGACGCGCCCAAAUUGGAGCAUGUUCAUGCUGAAUAUAAUGAUGGGAUGAAUCGUGAUAUUGAUAUUUCUCCAGGAGUUUAUAGUCAAUGGUUAUAUACAGGUGACAAUGCUGGUUUAAUAGGGCACCGACAAUCUCUUACAAUGUUGGUGUCAUCCGUUGAAGUGCGGCCCCGUAAUCAAGCCGUGCGCCUUUUCAAACGCGAUAAGUAA